GUUGGUCUGUUUUGAGAGGUCGAGCCUGUCUCACGCAAACAAGGGAAUGGCAACUAGAGAAAGCUGAAACUAAUGCAAUUGUAAAAGUGUCCCGGCUACAGCGAUGACAAGCCGACAUCAACAGUUAAACGUACCUCACGUUGGACUGCUUUUGCUGUCGAGGUGAAGAGACGCACCUCCCAGGCACAAGUGGUCAUCUCCCUCUGCAUGUAGUGACAUCAAAGGGGACCAAGGAGGGCUUUUCAGCACUCGUCUCAGCAGCGUGCGAUGGACAGCACCACAAAGACGGCUGCUUGACGGAGAGCUGACAGCAUUCCCCGGAACCACCACCAGCAAAACGACAUCAUUUUGUGGACUUAACCAUUUGUUGCCAACGACCUGAAGACGCUGAAACGCAGAGAGGCUUCUUUUGCGCUGCUUUAAAAUACAACAAACACGAUGGAAGAAGACAUGGAUGAGGGGCAGGCCCAGAAAGGGUGCCUGGAGUGCUGCAUCAAAUGCCUGGGCGGGAUCCCCUACCCGUCGCUCAUAGCCACCAUCUUGCUGUACGCCGGCGUGGCUCUGUUCUGCGGCUGUGGCCACGAGGCUCUUUCCGGAACUGUCACCAUCCUCCAGAAUUACUUUGAGGUGGUGCGCAGCCCAAUGGACGCACUGGACGUCUUCACUAUGAUUGACAUCAUCAAGUACGUGAUCUACGGAGUGGCCUCAGCCUUCUUCGUCUACGGCAUCCUGCUGAUGGUGGAGGGCUUCUUCACCAGCGGGGCCAUCAAAGACCUCUAUGGAGACUUCAAGAUCACCACCUGCGGACGCUGCGUCAGCGCUUGGUUCAUCAUGCUGACGUACAUCUUCAUGCUGGCCUGGCUCGGGGUGACGGCGUUUACCUCCCUGCCCGUCUUCAUCUACUUCAACAUCUGGAGCAUUUGCCAAAACGCCACCGUGCUGGAGGGAACCUCGCUCUGCCUGGACCCGCGCCAAUAUGGUAUAGUGGCUAUUAACGAAGCUAAGACAGUGUGUGCAGGAUCCGAGAAGUUCUACAGGAUGUGCGAAUCCAAUGAGCUGGACAUGACAUUUCACCUGUUCAUCUGCGCCCUCGCUGGAGCAGGAGCCGCUGUCAUCGCUAUGAUCCACUACUUGAUGGUGCUGUCGGCCAACUGGGCCUACGUGAAGGACGCGUGCCGGAUGCAGAAGUAUGAGGACAUCAAGUCCAAGGAGGAGCAGGAGCUUCACGACAUCCACUCCACUCGCUCCAAGGAACGACUCAACGCUUAUACAUAAAAAGCCAAGUGGGACGGGGGGGACACUCCCGGGUGGGCGUGGGGGGGUUCCUCCCCACCGCCAACGUCACUGGUGCAUCACAUGACAAUGUGGUUUGAGCGGGGGUACGCCUCAGCCGCAAACAACAUUUCAGCUAACAAAAAGAAGCCCCUUUACCUCUCGUGGCCGGUGUUUGUUAUCAUUAUGGCAGUUGUUGAAAUAUGACACCAAUCGUUUAGUGCCGAGUAGUAGUUGUAGUGUAGUGUGUAGAAUCACGAGUAGCACUAGGACCAGUUUUUUACUAUUAUUCUUUUUUACACUUUACGCUUAGGAAAUAAUGAAUUUGCUAAGCCUCUUUUUUUUUUCUUUUUUGCUCCUAAUCCUCCUGUUACGAUUGUUCAUGGGUCAAUGUGACCUGCUGCAUAUUUGAUUUGAUUUGACAUACCAUGUAGAUAUAAAAAAUAUUACAAAAAUAUAUCUUUUUUUAGUUUGUUUUUUUUAGAUUUCAACCUUCCUGUUAGGUUACUUUCUUUGGAACACCAAAUAUUUUCAUGGUUCAAUGUGACCUGCUACAUGUUUAGUCAUUUAAAAAAAAUUAAAAAAAGAUUUAUUUAAAAACUAAUUGAAAAAAAUAGAAGUACAAAAAUAAAGCCAGCAAAAUAUUUUCUUUUUAUUUUUUACACUUUUUAAUUAUUGUCUUACAUUUUUAAACUUUAAAAUAGGUAAAUUUGACCUGCUGCAUAUUUAACCAACAAUUUAAUUAAAUAAAAACAAAACAAGAAAUAGAAGAAAAGAAAAACUUUUUUUAACCCUCCUGUUAUGUUAGUUUCUUUGCAACACCAAAAAUGUUCCUGGGUCAAUGUGACCCACUACUUGUUUAAAUUUACAUUUAAAACAAUAUGUGUAAAAAUAUACGGCACGGUCGACUUGUUACAACAUCUGGCUCACAGUUCCGGGGUUCAAACCCCGGCCCCGCCUGUGUGGAGUUUGCAUGUUCUUCCCGUGCCUGCGCGGGUUUUCUCUGGGUACUCCGGUUUCCUCCUUCAUCCCAAAAACAUGCAUGGUACGUUGAUUGAAGACUCUAAAUUGCCUGUAGGUGUGAAUGUGAGUGCGAAUGCUCAUUUGUCUCUGUGUGCGCUGCAAUUAGCUGGUGACCUGUUCAGUGCGUACCCCCACUUUUGUGCAAAAUCAGCUGGGGUAAGGUGCCAGCACACCCGCGGCCCCAGUGAAGAUAAGCGGUUCAGCGAAUGAAUGGAUAUGUAAAAAUUAGAAGAAAAAAAAAUCAGGCACUUAGUUUCAGUCUUUUUUUCUUUUCUUUUUUUUUUUUUUUUUUACUUUUUUUUUAAUUUACUUAGAUUUUCAAACAGUAAAAUGUGUCAAUUUGACCCACAAUAUAACAGGAGGUUUAAGAUAUUUUUGAGUUCUCGGGUGAAGCAUGACUUAUUCUUGCUUCAUGAGGAGGUCAGCAGGGGCUUUAAAAAAGGUUCUCAAGCACAUUUCUCAUCUCAUGUGUGAUAUCGAUGUACUGUAUGUGAAUGAUUUAUGUAUAGUAAAAAAAAAAUAGUAAAAUGUUUGCCAGGAAUUAAAACCACUAAUCACAAUACAGUACCUAUUUUAUAUUUUAAGAUAGAUAAAAAAUAGCGACACAACAAUGAAUACCAAAAUCAAUCAAUGACUCGCUAGGUGUGUCAAGCCUGUUAAACAGGGAAAUUAUUUUUUUGAUUGAUAUACAUAUAUAUAAAAAAUUGGAUUAAAUUAGCGAGAAAGUGAUCAUCUAUCUCUGAACUGUGAAUGAUUCCAUUGUCACUAAAGCACAUACUCUCAUAAGCCACUGUUAUGAUUAUGACUGAUAAUACUGAUAAUAAAUUCCGUUGUCGUUGUUGUUUUUUUGCAGACUGCACUGUAUAUAGUGAUAUUUCAAAGCAUUCCAAUGUGUGGUUAAGCACUGCAAUGGGAGAAUAAUUGCGUUGGUCCACUUAAAGGAGACAUAUUAUGCUAUAUUAUGUUUUGGUGGGGCUGUUCUCUGUCUCAUGCAAAUUCUUUCAUUGCCUUGAUGACUGGGCACGUGUUCCGAAAAGGCUUAAAACUUUAUGAUUUAAUAUAAAAAAAAAUUUUUUUAAAAGGACUAUCAACAAAUUCAGCCAGUUUUUGUAGCGUUAUUGGAGAGACCUUGAGAGACCCUGAGACCUUGAAGCUCCCUCCUCAUCCAGACAUUAAAUGAAUGCCUCUUGCUCAAAGGUACCACUGGCUAAUUUAACAACAGAUAAAGCUCUAUUGUAUUUUCCCUCGUGGAGUCAGCACUUCAUUACCGGACCACCCAAUUACACUGCCUCCACGAGGCCAACUUGGUUGAACAUUCAGUAUGCAGCUAAUCGGAAUCUAUCGCUGGAACACUGUUCACGUUUCUGUGCUAACACUGCAGCUCUGCUUAACUUUUUAGUUUUGAUAUGGUUGUGUUUCCGUGUUUUGUUGCAUGUCACUUGAAAAUCAGCCAAGUAUUAGCCGGAAAAAUUUGCGUGGGUGAGAAAUUAUAUAAAUUAGACAAAUUGAGACACUCACUCGCAGACGGAUUUUCAGAAAUGUGGCAGUUAGCAGAAGCUAAUGCUGAAGAGACUCUUAGCUAAUGCUAAUCUGUGCUAACACUGCAGCUCUGCUUACGUUUUGGCUUUGUCGUGAUUCCCUGCAGUCCGGCGUCAUUUAAAAAUGGCGGAUCUUCACGCAGCCUAGCCACGAGGUCAUGGGCAGUGAACACUGCUUGGGGUGGGAUUAUGUCAUUUAGAUGAGCUGUUACAUCAUAUUGGCAAAAUCAAUUUCACACUUGAUGGGUCGGUAGUCACUCCAGAGACCCAACUUAAGCGUACACAAAUAAUUAAAGUCAAUUUUCCAUAAUAUGCCUCCUUUAAGUGUUCUUUACUGUAGACAGCAAUGGUCUGAGAAGAGGAAGCCUGACAGCCGAUUGGCUGGUGGGAAAAAAAAAAAAACGAUUAUUAUCAGUGUUUCGUAGACUUAUACGACCAUUUUCUGUGCUCCGAGUUGGAAAACUGUACUGUUAGUAAAGACUGUGACUUUAGAUGUUAUUCGUGGCAUGGAUAUGCAUUAAUAUAGUCGGGUUGACUCAAAAAGUUACCUUCAUCUCACAUCUUUGUUUUUAAAUUGAUUUUGACACUUUUUGCCUGUCUUGCUGGAUCAGCCCCUUUGUUUCAAUGUGCAGUACUAAACCUUCCAUAUAAACAUGCUUCAUGCUACUGAUAUAGAGAUGUAGUCGUUUGAGUUGUUUUGAUUUUGUUUGUGAUGUGGAAACGUCCUACAGCUUGAUACUUGUAGUCAUAAUGACCCCUCUCUCUCACUCUCUCUCUCUCGCUCUCUCUCCUCUCAACCUUCUCCUUGUAUUUGUCUUUUGUACUUUCACCACCGAUGCUUCGUAGCAGGCUUUUAAAAAAGAAAAAAGGGAAAAAAGUUGGAUUUGUUUUGUAUACAUCCAUGUGCCAACAGCUUGAAAUGGCUUAUUUGACCUGUAUGAUCAAAUUUGCUUGCGUAAAUAAAAUUCACUUGUGUACUUGUUGAUAGAUGGCCAUUUUAAAAUGAGUGACUGCAAUGUAACCCACUAGAUGUCGCUGUUGUCGCCGUUUCAUUGCAAAUGCAAAAGGUUGGAGGCUAAAUACCCCGAAAAAGCUCACCUCAUAAAAUUGCAGCAUUAAAUUAGCACUAAUAAUACAAGGUAUUAUCUACCAGUACAUAUUGAAAUCGCCAAGUUGUAUUAUUUAAUGAAAGUAAUAAAGAAGCAGUGAAAUCCUCAAAAUGACAAUCGGCAUUUGACC